AUGGGCGUCCUCAACGAGAUCUCCAGCCCUCUGUCCGCCUACCUCUCCACCGCCAGCACGUUCCAGAUCGUUGGAUUGGGCCUUGCGACCUUCAUCGCCGCCUCCAUCUUCAUCAAUGUGCUCAGACAAGUCUUGGUCAAGAACCCGAAUGAGCCACCGAUUGUCUUCCAUUGGGUCCCUCUCAUUGGCAGUACGAUUACCUAUGGCAUUGACCCGUACAACUUCUUCUUCGCCUGUCGCGAGAAGUACGGAGAUGUCUUCACAUUCAUCCUGCUGGGCAAGAAGACGACGGUGUGCUUAGGGACAAAGGGGAGUGACUUCAUUUUGAACGGGAAGCUGCGGGACGUGAACGCGGAGGAGGUGUACACACCGCUCACAACGCCGGUGUUUGGCAAGGAUGUGGUGUACGACUGCCCGAAUGCGAAGUUGAUGGAGCAGAAGAAGUUUGUCAAAUUUGGCCUCACAACUUCCGCCUUCCGAUCGUACGUGGGCCUCAUCAACAACGAAGUCAAGAGCUUCUUCUCCAAGGAUAACUCGAACAAGAAGUUCGCCUCGAGCUCUGGCACCGUGAACCUGCCCCCUGUCAUGGCUGAGCUCACCAUCUACACCGCAUCCCGCUCGCUGCAGGGCAAGGAGGUCCGAGAACGAUUCGACUCGACCUUCGCAGAUCUCUACCAUUAUCUUGACAUGGGCUUCUCACCCAUUAACUUCAUGUUGCCUUGGGCGCCGCUACCCCACAACAGAAAGCGCGACUACGCUCAAAAGAAGAUGGCUGAGACGUACAUGUCCAUCGUCAAGCAGCGAAGAGAAGAGAAGGCCGAGGAGAGGGAAGAGGACAUGAUCUGGAACCUCAUGAACUGCACGUAUAAAGACGGCAAGCCCAUACCCGACCACGAGAUUGCGCACAUGAUGAUUGCGCUUCUCAUGGCCGGACAGCACAGCUCCUCUUCAACGAUUACUUGGAUUUUCUUGCGGCUGGCCACCAGACCCGAGGUUCAGGAUGAGCUGUUGCAGGAGCAGAAAGACAUCCUUGGCGUUAACGAAGACGGCUCCAUCAAGAACCUCGCCUACGACGACCUCUCUCGCCUACCUCUUCACGCUCAGGUGGUCAAAGAGACUCUGCGCCUGCAUGCACCGAUUCACUCGGUCAUGCGCCGCGUCAAGCAGCCUUUAGCAGUCGAGGGCACACCUUAUGUCAUUCCGACCACUCACACUCUCCUCGCCGCACCAGGCGUCACCUCGCGCACACCAGACUACUUCCCGGAACCCAUGCUUUGGGAGCCACACCGCUGGGACGAAUCACCAUCCGAGAAGUACACCCACCUCUCGCCCGCGCAUCUCAAGGAAGGGGUGGCGGAGGAGACCGAGGACUACGGCUACGGACUCGUAUCGAAGGGCGCCGCAUCGCCAUAUCUGCCUUUCGGUGCUGGACGACAUCGGUGCAUUGGCGAGCAAUUCGCUUAUGUGCAGCUGCAGACAAUCCUGGCGAUUCUGAUUCGGGACAUGAAGUUCUUCAAUGUGAAGGGUAAGGAGGGCGAAUUGGUGGGCACGGAUUAUUCGAGCUUGUUCUCGAGGCCGCUGAGCCCGGCGGUUGUGAGGUGGGAGAGGCGGGAGAAGUCGUGA